AGUGCUCUAGCCGGGACACGAUGCACUGCUUCCUGCUUCCCGACGGGUCCUCGAUCACUUCCGCUGCCGUUGCUACGACACGGGACAGAACAACUAUGGCUGACAAGGAGAAGCGCCGGUCUGCGGCUCUUCUUUCGGGGAUGUCCGCAGGCAAAGCAGUCAAAUCGGACAGCGGCAGGGAGUUCCUGGAGCAGGCCGGUGUCGGGGACCUGCUCCGCGGGGCCAUCCUGAAGAUGGUCGAGGCCAGGUCGGACGACCCCAUCGGCUUCCUGGCCGACCACUUCUGCAACCUGGCCUCGGUAACAGACAGUGGCACGGCUGGAUGCGGAGAGGAGGAGCAGCAGCAGCAGCAGCUGAGCACCGGCCCUGCGGGCGCAGGCGCACAGGAGCAGCAGCAUCUCAACCGGGCGCUGUGGCACCUGCGGCUGGCGCAUCACUCCCAGAGGUCAGCUUUCAGCAACAACGUCCGUGUGGCCUACGACCUCCUCGACCUUAAUGGGUGUCAAAGACAAGAAAGUGAGGCUCCUGAGGGCCCUGACGGUUCCUGCUCUGAUGUCAGUACUGAAGGAGGUGGAGGUGGAGGAGUAAAAGGAGGCCUCUACACACAGACUUUGCAGUGCCUCUGUGGCGAAGGCGGAGUACCUGCCUCCACCUCUGCCCCGCUCCUCCAACGCCUCUGUUGCCAGGACCACGAAGCUGUCCCCUACGAUGUCUUCCGUCAUGGGGUGCUCACCUGUGCUGUUUUCUCAGACUAUAUCCGGCAAGCUCAGAGGCUUUACGCCGAGGUGUGCUGCCCCGAUAAGGGGCCCGCCUCCCGGGCGCUAUGCCUCACUGUGCUUGGGACCUUAAAGGAAGCCCUUGAGACCUCCCAGGGCUGUGAUGUAAAGUGUUCAGUUAAUGCUAAUACUAAAUGUAAUGCUUGUUUGGAAGCAAAUGCGAAGGCUAUCCGCUACUUGGAGGCCAGUACCAGGAUCUCCCCCCACAAACUGGCGCAGGCCAUGGCUGGGGCACAGACCCAGGGGCCCGCUGGCAACAUGGAUGCAAAGGAGUUUGAAAAUGCAGCCGCAGACCUGUUCAUCACUCGUGUGAAAGUUGUAUCUUAGAAUUACUUAGGAUUCAUGAAUGUACAGCAAUAAACAGUAAUAAUUUCUUAGAAGGCUUUAAUCACGUAACGCACAUCUGCCAGAAAACGCCUAAAUAAAAACAAACCUUAUAAUAACAUUUAAGAAUAAAACCAAUAACCCCUGUAGAAAAAAAACAUGUUUGGUGGCUUUUGUGAUACUUUAUUAAAUUAGUUCCUGUAAGUAUUCAUCUUUGGAAUGUGUUUUCCAUUGUAAUAAAAUAUUUCUGAAAGUUUAA